AUGCCUGAAUCAACCAGCCUUACAUUUAGCCUCCUCCCGGACAGCAUCCGGCAGUCCUCAGCCAUUGGAGCCGAAGUGCAACUUCCUCCGGGGAUGUCCAAGUUAGACCUGGACCGCUUGACUGAAAAAGACAAAGAGACUCUGCGAAAGGCUCUUUUUGAGAAUCAGGUCAUUGUCAUCCGGGGCCAGAAAGGAAUUGACCCCACCGUCCUCCCACAGUUCGCCAAGGUCUUUGACCCGAAUGCGUCGGAUGUCCACUCAGCUGGUGAGAAAGCCGUUAGCGACCCGAAGAACAUCCUCUCUGCAUACAAGGCUGGGCGCAUUCCCAAGGCUCCCCAAGUUGGAAUCAUUGGGUCUGGAACUUUCCAUGACUAUGAAGGUCUUAAAGAACUGGAGGUUAUCCAUCUGGAUCACACAUUGUUCCAUGAGAGACCCCUUGCACAAGAAGAGAUUGAUCAAGGUUACACCCGUCCUUACAGAUGGCACAUGGAUACCCCAUUUUAUGAGCGAUUGCCCGGUGAAGUGACCAUCCUGCACUCGAUCCGCAUUCCCAAUCUGCCCGAUCAGAAGAUCAAGUUUCCUGAUGGGAAGGAGAAAUCUAUUGGAGCUGGCGCUACAGCCUUUUUCUCGGGUGCUCGCGCGUUUGCUCUUCUCACCCCUGAAGAGCAGGAGUUUGCUUUAAACACCACUGUCACAUAUGCGCCACAGGCCUAUGAGUAUAUUAGGCAGUGCAAGGCUUCCGAAGAUGGUCUCACUAUUCCAACACUAGGAAGUGAGGUUCCAGUUGAGAAGCUGUCUGAAUGGAGUUGGGAUAAGGUUGCGGAACAUCCCAUGGUCUGGCGAAACCCGCUUAACCCUGAAAGACCAUUCCUCCAAGUGCACGGAUGCUGUGUCUUUAAAUUGAGCACACGAAACCCGGCUACCGGAGAGGUAACGGUCAUUGACGAUGUCGAAAAAGUUAGAGACGUGGUGUACAACAUGCAGAAGAAGAUCUAUGCUGCCGAGAACAUCUACGCUCACCGCUGGGAAGAAGGCGAUCUGGUCAUCUUCCAUAAUCGCGGUGUCAUGCACAGUAUCACUGGGCAACUGUCCCAACACAAGCAUGACGAAGACAAGAAGCGUAUGCUGUGGCAAUGCACAAUGACAAGUGUGACACCGCCUAAGCCAUUCAGAAGUUAUGAGGGGGUCAACGAUACUGGAUAUGUCAGAGCUUAG